AUGCGCUUCCACGAGACGAGCCUGUUCGGCGUGCUGAAAUAUGGCGGUACGCAAAAUAUGGAGCUGUAUAAUUGCAGUGCAAAAACCCGGGAACAAUGGUUUGCCACCGGGAGAGCGCAGCCGGAACUCGGAUGGGCUUUGCUAGCUUAUGGAGUUGUGAUUGAGAUUCUGUACAUUCCGUCUCUAUACGUCAUCAGUCGUCCAGCUUACCGGCGUAUGCCAUGUUACAAGAUCAUGUGCCUACUCGGUCCAAUCGAUAUGUGCGCAAUCGUCACAAACUCGAUAGUCAAUGGGUACUUACUUACCCAGGGCGCUGUCUUUUGCACAAUUUUCAACAUCAUUUUAUCGCUUCCAAUCCUCUAUGGCGCGUAUUUCUUCUGGUUUACUCCGCCGGUGCUAUUUACAUCCGUCCACGACUCGUGGUUCUUUGAUCCGUUCAUUUUUGAGGGUAGAACAGCUGAAUACAUGAACCCUCCACAUACCCUAAACAACCUUCUAUUAUGCGCCCUGACUUGUUGCCUAUAUACAGCACUUUGUGGGUUAUUGGCCCACCAAUUCGGUUAUAGCAGCGACGAGAGGAAAAUGUCAUGGGCCCAGAAAUCGAUCUUCAUCCAAGCCACCUCAAUCUGUAUCGCCAACCUUGUGGCCGCAUUGGUCUACGUAUUCAUGCAAUUCUUCCCGACCCCGCAGUUCUUCAUUCUGCUCGGCCAUUUUGGCUGGGAGCUGUGCCAUGGCUUCCCCGCCAUUGUCUACCUCACCAUCAAUCGCUCAAUUCGUCGCGAAGUCUUCCGAUGUCUUGGAUUUGGGGCCUACCUGGACCACAGCAAGCGCCAUACCGCCGAAUCUCGCAAAAUCACCUCAAUGCAUGCGGUUUCGACUGAUGGCGUUCAUCCGCGAAUCAGCAAAAAUGCGGCGGAGGCC